AUGAAUACCCAAGUUGUUCUUUCCCUUAUUCUGGUCUUCCUUUUUUUCUCUGCAGGAUCUCAAGCUGCCACAAUCACUUUUAACAACCUGUGCCCAUACACAGUAUGGCCGGGAACCCUAACCUAUGACCAGAAGCCUCAACUGUCCACGACCGGGUUCGAGUUGACAAGCGGAGCGUCAAGCAUUGUGGGCGUUCCUUCUCUAUGGUCGGGUCACUUCUGGGGUCGAACCGGCUGUUUUGAUAACGGGGGCAAGUUCACUUGCGACACAGGAGAUUGUGGCUCUGGCCAAGUGGAAUGCAACGGUGUUGGUGGAAGCCCACCCGCGACCCUAGUCGAACUUACUGUGGCGGCAAACAAAGGACAAGAUUUUUACGAUGUGAGCAACGUGGAUGGGUUCAACGUCCCCAUGUCCAUAGCUCCGCAAGACGGUACUGGCGACUGCAAACCAUCAAGCUGUCCGGCGAACAUCAACGCGGCGUGCCCGUCGGAGCUGCAAUUGGUGGGCUCAGAUGGGAAGGUGAUCGCGUGCACGAGUGCUUGCUGGGCCUUCAAUAAGCCCGAGUACUGUUGUACUGGGAGCUUCGCCGGCGGGCCAGACAAAUGCCCACCCACCAAUUACUCUCAAUUUUUCAAGAAACAGUGCCCUGAUGCUUACAGCUACGCUUAUGAUGACAAGAACAGCACCUUCACCUGCUUUGGAGGCCCUGACUAUGUCGUUACAUUUUGUACUACUACACAAAAAAUAUGUAUUUUUAGCGGUUAA